AUGCAUUUAGAGAAGCAUGCGAAGGCACUCAUAGAUUACCAAUAUAGUUCAGACGAUGAUGAAAUUGGAGAUUAUAAAAAGAAAGCUAUGAAAUAUAGAAAUGAAUUCAAUGACACAGAUGAAUAAGUUCGAAGAUUGAAAAAAGAAAACUUGCACAAUAAAUAAACCAUUACUGAAUUAUUAGCAGAUUUAGAAGUACAUCAAAAGAGAAUCAUUUUGUUAGAGUAGGAACUAUUGAAUUAAAAGAAAUUAGCAUAAGAUUCCCAAGAUCAACUUAAGAAAGCCAAAAUCAAGAAAUAAGAAGAUAGAAUCUUAAAGGAAUAGAAAAAAUUUCAAGAGAAAUUCGCUUUGUAAACAAAUGAUGCACUUGAGAAAUUAAGAUAACAUUUUGAUUAGACUUUGCAACAACUUACACCUAAACCUGAUAACAAAUGA